AUGGUCCUAUCUUCUCUGGUAGCUGCAUCGGAUGAUAUUGUCAGCGCCUUUUCACAUGUCGAGUCACCUGGUUCGGCCAAUGGAUACUGCUGGAUGCUUACAAAUUGUCUCUCUAGCGCUGCAUAUGUCCUCUUGAUGAGGAAGAGAAUAAAAGUUACCGCUUUCAAAGAUUGGGAUUCAAUGGCAUACAAUAACGCUCUCUCAGUUCCUUUGCUCGUAUUUGCGUCGCUGGUCAAAGAAGACUGGUCGUUAGAGUCGCUAGAGAAAAAUUUCCCACCUUCAAACAGACACUUAUUGUUGUCGACGAUAGUAUUUUCUGGAGCAGCAGCAGUAGGGAUUAGUUAUACAACAGCUUGGUGCGUGCGUACAACGUCCUCAACAACUUACUCGUUCGUGAAGCUUUUGACGUUUAACUUUUCUGAUAAGUUGUAUAGCAUGGUAGGAGCAUUGAACAAAUUGCCAGUCGCGGCAUCUGGGUUGAUAUUCUUUAACGAUCCAGCUACACCGAAGUCCAUAUCAGCCAUAGCGAUUGGAUUCGUUGCCGGGGUAAUGUAUACAAUAGCGAAGCAAAAUCAAACGAGGAUAGGAGCGCAAAAGCAAAACAGUUAUAUACCUCUAACGAGCAAUAACAACAAAUAA